AAUGAAUAAAAGGGGCGGGCCAGUGACAGAAAGCCUGGGGAGAUGAUGCUGGACGUCCUCCAGCCAGGAAAUGAGGCGGAGCUCUCUCUCUGAUUGGCUGCAGGAGAGGAGCCGGUACACCUGUGCAGGACUGAAGGGGAGGAGCGGGGACACCUGUGCAAAACUGAAGGGGAGGAGCCGGUACACCUGUGCGAGACUGAAGGGGAGGAGCCAGUACACCUGUGCGAGACUGAAGGGAAGGAGCCGAGGAGCCGGUACACCUGUGCGAGACUGAAGGGGAGGAGGCGGUACACCUGUGCGAGACUGAAGGGGAGGAGCCGGUACACCUGUGCAAGACUGAAGGGGAGGAGCCGGUACACUUGUGCAAGACUGAAGGUCAGCCUUAAAAACUGUGCUACAAAGUUA